AUGGUCGAGGACUUGAUCAACCCAUACAAUGGAGACUGGAAUAGAGAGGUUUUACAGAAUAAUUUCCUUCCUAUUGAUGCGGCUGCUGUGCAAAUGAUUCCUUUGGGAAGGAUGGAAGAAGAUAACUGGGCAUGGCAUUUAGAGAGAAGUGGAAAUUUCAGUGUCCGGUCAGCUUACAGGGCAAUGCUUGGUGCUCGGCAGCAAACAAAUAAUCCAGCUAGCUCGGCAGGUGAUGAUAGAACAUUUUGGAAGAAGCUUUGGAAGAUGCCUGUACCCCCAAACGUCCGUAAUUUUUGGUGGCGUGUGAUUAGGAAGUUUAUCCCAUGCCGAUCUAUUCUGAAGGAAAGACGUAUUGAACAAAUCAGUUUCUGCGAGGAUUGUGGAUGUGAAGAAACAAUCACUCAUUCUUUGUUCGAUUGUACAUGGGCUAAGCUGUUUUGGCAUCAAAUAAGGAACAUGUUGGGUGUCAAACUUCCUCGUUUGCAUCCGGACUCAUGGGCGAUGGAUAUGAUUGAUGGAGGUAUGGUCAGUGAUACAGAUGCCGCUGUCAUCUUAUGUGGAUGUUGGUCUGUAUGGUCAGAGCGCAAUGCAAAGAAGCACGGAGAUAAAGGGCGGUCGAUCCAAUGCUCGGUGAAAUGGACUGCUGAUGUGACUAUGGAUUUGAUAAUUUCAUCAAAAGAAGGAAAGAAAAUGCCUACUAAGGCUGACGAUAAAUGGCGACCCCCGGAAAUUAAUUGCAUUAAGCUGAAUGUGGACGCAAGUUUUUUGGCUGAUUGUCUCCAAGGAAGUACAGGGGUAGGUGUGCGCGAUCAUGAAGGUAAUAUGGGUCUCCGGAACAUCAUCGUUGAAACUGAUGCUUUGGCUAUUACGAAGCUCUGGAAUACCAAUAAUUUUGGGCGUUCAGAAAUUGCUGUUGUGCUUCAGGAAACUAAAGAGCUUUCAGAGAGUUUUCAGUUUUUUGUUUUGUCUUAUGUUCCUAGAAAGGCUAAUGAGCUUGCACAUCUAUGUGCAAGGCAAGCUAAUCCUCAUAGAAAGCGUUGUGUCUGGAUAAAUUUUAUUCCUAGAUUUCUAGAGGCUUGUCUGUACAAGGACCGUAACUCUCUGUCUUGA